CAUGCCGAGGCCGAACCUUUCUCAAGAUAUCAUAGAGGAGAUACUCUCACGAUUGCCCGUCAAGUCUUUGCUGAGGUUCAAGUGCGUUUCCAAGUCAUGGAAGUCUUUGAUAUCCAGUCCUUCAUUCGCCAGAAUGCAGUUGGAACGAGCAUCGGGAACGAGUGUUGUUAUUACAUCGACACCUUCUCGCCUCAACUUGGUAGAUUACGAAACAUCUUUUUGCGAAGUCCCCCUUGAUUUUCCACCAAAAAGACAGGACCGUCGAGUCAGGAUUAUGGGAUCAUGCCAUGGAUUGGUAGCCGUGGCUCUUGAGAAGGACAAGGUCUUUUUGUGGAACCCAUCGACCGGGGACUACAAGAAGUUGCCAGAUCCUUGUUUUCCAUCAAGCGGACUUCUUUGUUUUUAUGGUUUUGGUUAUGACUCAUCUACCGAUGAUUACAAACUGCUUUUGGGUGCUCAGACAUCAGCGUGGCAUCCAAUCUCAUAUACUUUUUGCAAAGAGGUGACAGUUUCCAUCUUUUCACUAAGAAAUAAUUCGUGGAGAAUGAUUCAAUUUCCCUCUGCCAACUCCUCGAUUUUCCCUUUCCUAAAUCUUUCAGGGUCUUUGGUCAAUGGAGCUCUCCAUUGGCUGAAAGGGAAAAAUGUGACGGUAGAAAUCCAAGCUUUCGAUUUAAAGACGGAGAGAUUUAGCAUAGUGCCAAUUCCUGAUAAACCUCAAACUUCCCUCCAUUACUUGAACAUCGGGGUUCUCGGUGGAAGACUUUGCUUAACAUUUUAUAAUCAUAACUUCUGUCUUAAUGAACCUCCCUCCCACCACCCUUUAGAGAUAUGGGUAAUGAAGGAUUAUGGUGUCAAGGAAUCUUGGUCUAAAUUUCUGACUGUUGGAGAGAAACCGAUUAUCUGGCUUAUGCCUCUAUGCAUUUCAAAAGGCAAUGAAGUUAUAUCAAUCAAUGAGAAAAAGGACUUGAUAAGGUCUGAUGCAGAAGAAGCAAUAUCUGAGAAAUUUAGGAUCUGCAAAUGUGAUGCUGAAAUUUUUGGCGGCUUUCAUCUAUGCCACGCCGCCGUGUGUGCUCGGAGUCUACUUUCGCCGAAUGUCCAAGGCAGAAACAGAAAAAGGAAGAACAUGACACGAGGUAUUUAUCCUUAGGAUGAAGAUAAUCUUUUCUGGCUAUCUGUUUCACGUCAUCCCUUCUUUUAUUUGUUUCACCAGCAUGUGGAUUACGUUUUUCCAGCCUAAAGAAGCAAUUCCACUUGCUCCUGGGGUCUAAAGAUUGAACUUGAUGGGACUCAUCAAGCACCUAGUUGAUUUGGAUGGCCCUCUACUCACAGGCCAACUUUGUGUCGUUUAAUUGCUAGUUUUGCAAAUUCUAAAUAACACUUAUGGUUUGAAAGAACUACCAUGUUUAUUA